AUGACCCACUCGUGCUGCUCCUCUUGCUGCCAGCCUACCUGCUGCAGGACCACCUGCUGCCGGACCACCUGCUGCCAGCCCGCAUGCUGUGGGUCCAGCUGCUGUGGGUCCAGCUGCUGCCAGCCUUGCUGCCGCCCAACUUGCUGUCACACCACCUGCUGCCGGACCACCUGUUGCCAGCCCUGCUGCUGUGGGUGUAGCGGCUGUGGACACAACUGCGGUGGGUCUAGCGGCUGUGGUUCCAGCUGCUGCCAGCCUUGCUGCCGCCCAGCUUGCUGUCACACCACCUGCUGCCGGACCACCUGCUGCCAGCCCAGCUGCUGUGGGUCCAGCAGCUGUGGACACAACUGCAGUGGGUCUAGCGGCUGUGGGUCGAGCUGCUGCCAGCCUUGCUGCUGCCCAACUUGCUGUCAUACCACCUGCUGCCGGACCACCUGCUGCCAGCCCAGCUGUUGUGGGUCCAGCGGCUGUGGGUCCAGCGGCUGUGGACAAAACUGCUGUGGGUCCCACUGCUGCCAGCCAGUUUGCUGUACCCCCGUGUACUGCACGAGAACCUGCUACCACCCCACCUGCUGCUGCCUGCCUGGAUGCCUAGCCCAAGGGUCUGGAUCCUGCUGCCAGCCUUCCUGCUGCUGACUGCCUCGCCAAGAACCACCAUCUGACUUGCCGCUUGGGAAUUGGUCACCGCCAAGCGUUGCGGAAAGCCAGCCCGCAAUCCCCAACAUCUCGGUUAGUCGCCUGCCUGUCUACCGUCUUGUGAAUCGGCCUGAUGAAGUUGUGGACCGCUUCUCCCUGAUUCGCUUCUUCUUUCCUUCCUCUGGGUCAUGUGCCAGCUUCACCCAUCCUGAUACAGAGUUAGGAUCUCUCUUUGGUCUCCAUAGUCAAGAACUGUAUCCCGUCCCUCUGAAUCCGUCAGCGAAACAACUCCUCAGGAAUGACCUAUACCUCGUGGAAACUGCUGAAAGCCCACACCGGUAUGUUUCCUUUCUCGGUGUACUCACGAAGCUUGUACGCCUCUUGCUGCCUGUCAUGUUCCCUUUCAAUGUCUCCCUAGACGCGGGGAGU